CGGCGGUCAAUCAGAACGCAUUGUUACAUAACAAAAUAUACUUUCGACGGGGAAUAGUAGGUAGGACCUGUUUAAACUAAUUUAAACCAACCGCUCAGCGAAUGAUUGUCCCGAAAGCAAUAGUAUUUAUGUGCACUGUUUUGAAUUAUAUGGUCUUAUAUUAUCUUACUGAAUGUUUAAUUUACGGCCAAUAUACGCGAACAACAGCAUCACUUUCGAUAUUUAUUUCGGAGCUAUGUAAAAGUAUUGGACUCUGGACUUGGACACGAGUCCAGCGCAAAUACUCGGGAUUCGGCCGAGCCGAACCUUUUUGGAUUCGUCGCACCCCUACCAACUAGCUUAUUCAUCAGCAAUAUUGAGCAUCAAAAAUAGUGAUGAAUUUUUUAUUUGGGGCAUAUUGUUGAAUAUACCGCAAUUGUUUUAUUAUGUAUUUAUGUCAUAACUUCCUGUCUAGCUACAGCUUAUUCAUCAGCAAUAUUGAGCAUCAAAAAUAGUGAUGAAUUUUUUAUUUGGGGCAAAUUAUUGAAUAUACCGCAAUUGUUUUACUAUAUAUUUGUGUCAUAACUUCCUGUCUAGCUACUGAUUGUUUGUGAUAUGAUAUUACGUAAUGAAUUUUACGGUGCAUCAUUGACGAACUUUAUUUAUAACAACCCGUAGGUGAUAGUGAUGUGAUUUGUAUCGGGGAGAUUCUUCCAUCUGAAGAACUUCAGAAAAAGGCUGAAAAUCUCAUGUUACCGAAACAUUUUUAUAAUUUUCUUAAAGAAGGAGAAGAAAAUGAAACUGGGGAUGAUUCAGAAACAGGAGAUGAAAAGUCUCAACCAAAAGGAAAAGAAAAGUCAUCAAUCUUUCAAGCACUCACCACUUCUGUGUCAACUACGACUACUGAUAAGUCAACAUUUGGAUUCUCUGCUGGUGCAACAUCAUUUGGUGAUUUGAUUAAAUCUAACACAGGUGAUGGAUUCGCCUUCGGUAAUAAGUCAGGUGGAUGGAUAGGAAUGCCAGAGCAAAAGCCAUUGUUUGCCAGCCUGACUCAAGGUGGUGAUGAUGACGACGGAACACACCCAAGUGAAGAAAAUGCUGAUAUUCAUUUUGAACCGAUAGCAAGACUCCCUGAAAAAGUUGAAAUAAUUACAGGAGAAGAAGAUGAAGAAGAAUUAUAUUCACAACGAUGCAAAUUAUAUAGAUUUAAUAAACCAACUAAUGAAUGGAAAGAAAGAGGCACUGGGGAAAUAAAAUUGAAGAGACACAAUAAAAAUGGUCGUAUAAGAAUUGUCAUGAGACGAGAGCAAAUCUUUAAGGUCUGUGCGAAUCAUUAUAUUCGACCAGGCAUGACGAUGGAUAAAAGCAAGACCUCUGACAGAGCAUGGACUUGGACGGCAAUGGAUUUUGCUGACAAUAAAGAACCAACUAUGGAGAUAUUUACUGUCAGAUUCAAAAAUACAGAUCAAGCUGAGGAAUUCAAAGCAAAAUUUGAUGAAUGUCAAAUGAUGUUUUUAGAUGUGGAUCCUAUGACACCAUGCAAAGCGAGUUCAAUGAGAAGUAAAGAACUGUCGGACAAAGAAGAAAAAAUGAAAAAUGAGUUGAAAUUUUUCAAGGACAAGUUUUCCGAACAAACAAAUAUCCAGAAAGAGAACAGUGAGUCUAGCCCAACUGAAUCUGGACCUUUGAUGGUUGGAUCCCUCACUCCACUCGUUCAACAGCACACUCAAAGUUUGAGAGAAAAGUCUGAAGAUAUUGUCAAGAGAUCUGAUGACUCAAUACUAGACACACCACGCAAGCAAACUGAAAACUCCUUUGCAUCACGAGGCAAUAAAUUUUCAUUCCAACCUAAAGCUGAUAAUAAUCGACAAACUCCCAGCAGACAACACACUACAAGUGCAGGUUCUGAUGAUCCGCAGGCUGAAAGUGAUAUUCAAUUUGAACCAAUUUAUCAACUACCUGAUCAUGUGGAAAUAAUUACUGGAGAAGAAGAUGAACAAAUCCUGUUUGGAAAUCGAGCAAAAUUAUACAUGUUUCAUAAGGAGGCAAAACAAUGGAAAGAACGAGGUGUUGGAGACAUUAAAAUUUUACAACAUCUUUCAACUUUCAAAGUUCGAGUUUUAAUGAGAAGAGAACAGGUUUUGAAAGUUUGCUUGAAUCAUUAUGUUCAACCUGAAAUCAAACUUAGUUUUAAAGAACAGACGUCGGCUAAAACUUUGCUGUGGACAGCAACAGAUUUUUCUGAUUCUGAAAAAUCGGCUGGAGAGACGCUUCAAUUUGCACUACGAUUCAAAAAUCCUGAUACUGCGUCUGCGUUCAAAAACUUAUGGAAAGAAGGUGCAGAGGCAGCAGUUGCAGAAACAUUACUUGAACCUGACGAAUCCGCUAUCAAUACUUCAACUAUAAAACCCGGUGUUACCAGCCCUGGUGCUGUGGCCAAUAGCCCACAAAGUCUAGUUGAUCAGCCAAAGCCUACAUUUAGCUUUGCAAAUGUCCCAAGUCCAUUUGACGCAGCUAAAAAUGCUGAUGGAGAACCACAUAAAGUUAUGGGUUUUGUGUUCGGUAAAAGCACCCAGUCAGAAUCAACUCCGUCCACUGAUAAGUUUAAAUUUGAUGUUUCAAAGAUGUCUUUUAACUUAGGUUCAACAAGCACACCACAGAUGGGUAGUAUCAGUACACCAUCAGCGAAUUUCUUUACCCCACCUCAGAAUAUGGCAGAGCCUAGAACUGGAGCAGUCACGAAGUCUUUAUUCUCUGAAGAUUCUGCAUCGGAUAGUACAGUUAAUAGCAAUUUAUAUGUAACAUCGAGUGUUAAAUCUGUUGGAUUUAAAAAAGAUCCUUCUUUUCAGUUCCCUGGCGCAGGGCAAGUAAUGUUUCAGCAGCAAAACACGAAUGAAAAUGAUGAUCAGGAUCCAAGUUCUUAUGCCCCUGACACACAAUUCAAACCUGUAUUGGAUAAACUUCCACCCUUGGUUGAAAAGAAAACUGGCGAAGAAGGAGAAGAGAUUUUGUUCAAAGAAAGAUGUCGAUUAUAUCGAUACGAUAAAGAUACAAAUCAAUGGAAAGAGAGAGGAGUUGGUGACAUUAAAAUUCUAUUCAAUGAUAUACAGAAUAUGUAUCGUGUUGUUAUGAGAAGAGAACAGGUUUUAAAAGUUUGUGCCAAUCAUGUAAUCAAUGAAAAAACAGAACCAAAUUAUCAUUUGGGAUCUUCAAAAACUUGUUCAUAUUUUACCUUGGAUUAUACAGCUGGACCGACACCUACACCUGAGCAAUUUGCGUUCAGAUUCAAAACAGAAGAUAUGUGUAAAACCUACAUGAACAAAAUUGAAGAAGUGAAAGAACUACAACAAAACGAAUCUUCUUGUUAGCUUAUAUUUCCUAGUGCUAUCCAUUAUGGUUAGCUUAUGAUUCCUAGUACUAUCAAAUAUUUUCUCAUGGCAUUUUUUCAUACCUGGUGCUUUUCCUUCCAUGCGAAUUGUGACUAUACUUUGCCUAAUAUCACAUAUAAUGUAUGAUUACAUGUUCACGACAAUUUUUGCCUAAUUUUACUGCCAAUCAAAGUAGUCAAGUGGAAGGAUUAUUAUAAUGAUCGUGGAUGAAAAGAUGUUCAUCACCACUUAAUUGUACUUUAUGGUCUACGUUUCGAUAUUUUCUAGUGUUUAUUUUGAAAAUACAAUCACCUG